UACUGUAAAAACCAUUCGUCAAUCAAAAGAAUUGACCUUGUUUAUUUUUAUUUUUACGUUUUUGCAUUUCACUUAUAUUUUACUCAUUAACCAAUAAAAUAGAAAAGGUGAAUAACUGACCAAAAUACAUUUACAUUGCAAGUACAUAGUUCAUAAUACGAUUAUAUUUCCGUUUGAUAUAUUAUUAUUAUUAAGUUCAUUGUCUAACUAUUAGUAUACCUUUAGUUACCGUGAGAGUCGGUUGAAAAGUUUUCGCCAAAAGGAUUCAAAUAUUUAACUAAACAUGCAUGCCUUUUUAAAAAGUCAAAAUAAUACGAAUCAAAAAACGAUUGUUCCCAACCAAAAGAAGGAUGACUUCAAAAUAGAUUUCAUAAAUGAUGGCGUACUCUUUGACUCAAAAAAUACGGACCCGGAACGGCCAUCAAUUCCUGAAUUUUUUAAUGGACGUGAUAUUUUUAUCACAGGCAGUACAGGCUUUAUGGGAAAAGUUCUUUUGGAAAAGUUGAUAAGGUCGUGUCCAGGAAUUAACAAAAUAUUUGUUUUAAUAAGGGCUAGACGUGGAAAGAGUGUACAAGAAAGGUUGCAAGAAUUAAAAUCUAUUCCGCUUUUUGAUGUUCUUAAAAGAACGAAACCAAACUUACUAGAAAAAAUUACACCUGUCGAAGGUGAUGUUACUAUGUUAAAAUUAGGAUUGGAUCAUAACUCGUUAAAAAACAUGAGCAAUGUAUCAAUGAUAUUUCAUGCAGCGGCAAGUGUUAGAUUUGAUGAUCAUUUCAAAUAUGCAAUUUUGUUGAAUACACGAGGUACGCGCGAAGUGAUGGAAUUUGCAAAAACACUCAAAAACAUCAAAGUAAUUUUGCACGUUUCUACGACUUAUUGUAAUCUUAAGUCUAAAACUGUUGAAGAAAAAAUUUAUCCACCAAUCGCAGACUGGAGAGAUUCUAUAAGGAUUGCAGAAAAUGUGGAUGACUAUAUUUUAGAUAUUUUGGAACAAAAAUAUUCUAAGUUUAUGCCAAACACAUACACUUUCUCAAAGCACUUGAGCGAACAGAUUAUCAAUGAGUACAAGUCCACUCUUCCAGUGGUUUGUUUUCGUCCGUCAAUUGUAAUUUCCACAAUGAAAGAUCCAUUUCCUGGUUGGAUUGAUAAUUUCAAUGGGCCUGUAGGAAUUUUGGUGGGAUGUGGAAUGGGGAUAACGAGAACAAUGUAUUGCAAUCCAGAUAACAUUGCUGAUUUCACUCCUGUUGACGUAUCUAUAAAAGCGAUGAUUGUUGCAGCUUGGAAACGAGCUAUUGAUGAUGAUGUGUAAAUCAUUUUUAAGUUUUUUUACUUUGAAUAUACCAUAUUAUUUUUUCCAGCACUGAUUUACCAGUUUAUAACUCAUCUACUUCUACUAUUAGAACAAUAUCAAUGGAGGGGAUUGUUUCAUCUGCAAAAGAAAUGGCAGAAGACAUGCCUCUAGAAAAAAUGAUUUGGGCUCCAGGUGGCUCAAUCGCAAGAUUUCGAAUAACAAAUUUUAUCAAAACUAUACUAUUUCAUAUUUUGCCAGCAAUUUUAAUAGACUAUGGAUUAAAACUUACUGGAAGGAC